UGCUAUGCUUGUUCACAUAAUAGCCGGCGGUUGAAGGCGUGGUGAGAGUGGCUCGAUACAAGGCGCCGUACAGCAGCAGCAGCAGCAGCAACAGGACCAGGUUGAUGAGCAUGGACAGCGACUGCAGGGCGACUCCCUUCCCCGGCGAGAGCAACCGGCGUGAGGGCUGAUCGGCGGCGACCGGCAUGCUGUGGAAGCUCUACCUUAUCCAACACUUAAGGACACAAGCGUAAAGAUGACCGAGGGCAAGCUGUGUCAAGUGCAGCUGCUGGAUGACAGGAAGCUGGAGCUGCUGGUUCAGCCGAAGCUGCUGUCUUACGAACUCCUCGACUUGGUCUCAUCUCAUUUCAACCUCAAAGAGAAGGAAUUCUUCGGACUUGCAUUUUUUGAUGACAAUGGUCAGUGUAAAUGGCUGCAGAUGGACCGCAGAGUUCUUGAUCAUGACUUUUCAAAGAGGCAUGGCUCUGUUGCCCUCAACUUCCUUGUCAGAUUUUACGUUGAAAACAUCACACAGCUUAAAGACAUCAUAACAGUGGAGUUAUUCUUCCUGAAUGCAAAAUUAGCCGUCUACAAUGGAAUAAUAGAAGUCGAGAGUGAGAACGUCUUCAAAUUAGCUGCAAAUGCCUUGCAGGAGUCUAAAGGAGACUACACGAGUGAUGAAACCACUCGAGCUGACUUAAAGAAACUACCAACUCUUCCCACUAAAGUCCUCAAAGAGCACCCAUCUCUUGCAUACUGUGAGGAUCGAGUCAUUGAAUAUUAUAAACAGCUAAAAGGAGUCUCCAGAGGACAGGCCAUUGUGCAGUAUCUGAUGCUUGUAGAAUCCUUGCCCACAUACGGUGUUCACUAUUUUGAAGUAAAGGACAAACAAGGGAUGCCAUGGUGGCUUGGCAUCAGCUAUAAAGGUAUCGGACAGUAUGAUCUACAAGAUAAGCUGAAACCCAGGAAGCUGUACCAGUGGAAACAACUGGAGAAUUUGUACUUCAGAGAGAAAAAAUUUGCAGUGGAGGUCAACGAUCCACACAGAAGAGCGGUAACCAAGCGGACCUUCGGACAGACGGGCCUCCUCAUCCACACUUGGUAUGCAAGCCACUCUUUGAUAAAAACUAUUUGGGUCAUGGCUAUUAGCCAGCACCAGUUCUACUUGGACAGAAAGCAAAGCAAAACUAAAGUAGGAGCAUCAAAAGGUUUGGAGGAAAUUGCUAUGGAUCUGACAGAACAUCUUGGGGCAAAGAUAAGCAAGCUUGGGGAGUCAGUUCUGAAAAAUAACUUAAUAACAGCCAGCAAUGGGAGCCUGGUGUCGACAGGUUCAGCCGACUCAGAAAUGAGUGAGGAGCAGAAGAAAGAGAAACUCACAGAGCUGAGAAAAAAAGAACAGGAGAUUCAAGACAUCUUGGCCAAGAAAACUAAAGAACUAAAGAUAAUUUGUCUGCGAGAGGCGGAACUUACUGGCAAGCUGCCCAAGGAGUACCCCUUGUCUUCAGAUGAAAGACCACCACAGGUCAGACGGAGAGUUGGCACCGCUUUCAAGUUGGACGACCUUUUCCCUUACAAUGAGGACCCCUUCCUGAGAAAUCUGGAGAGUAGAUUUGCCCUUCAGCAGAAGAUUGUUGAAGCGGCUAAAAAGCUAGCCAAUGAGCCCGAACUGUGUAAGACAGUCAAGAAGAAAAGGAGGAGAAACUGUUUGGAUGCCAUGCACAAACUCCAGCAGAUUGAGGAUGAAAUGAACCAGUACCGAAUCAAGAAGGGGAAAAGGCCCACCCAACGAGCCUCAAUAAUUAUUGCAGAUGAACUGAUGCGAUCGGAUUGUAGUUCUUUGUCGAGCCUCCCGCUGGAGGAUGAUGACUCGGAUAGUGCUGGUCAGCGGCCACGGUCGAGGUCGGUGCAAGACUCCCCCCGGUUCAGUCCGUUACGAUCCUUUGGGGCGGACUAUGAUGUGGACAGACAAGCAUCUCCGAGGGAAAAUACCAAAAGUCACAACAGAUUAGCUUUGGAAGGCCAAGAGUCUUCCCAAUACUACCACAAUCCGAGAGAAGUCUCCUCCACCAACAGUAGCCCUUAUAAAACCCUCCCCAGGCCUCCCAGAGACCCACACGGCAUGCCAGUUAUGACCCGCAAUGCCUACAGCAGCAGCCAGCUCAGGUCUGAAGGCUUACCUCAUGGCUUCAGGCCUCGUAGUGGAAGUUUGGAGUCUCAACCAAGGCUGAGAAAGGACGGAGACCUGGAGAAGCCUGUUUUCACCUUGUCGCCGGCCCACCGCAGUAACAGCACAGAAGUGUUGGAGGAUUGUUCCUCCUACACCAGUCAGUCCAGUCUGGACUUCUGCGGGGCAGGCAAUUCCCACUACAGUACGUUGGAUUCACGAAAUUGCACCAUACAUCGUCUUCACCGCAACGUGGAAGUGUAUGGAAAUACAGGAAGCAUGCCCAACCUGGUGCAGCAUCAUUCUGGUUGUAGUUACGCCUGUGAGACCUCAGCACAUUAUGCACCCAGUGCCUACUAUGUUUCCGGCUGCCCGUGUCCGGACAUGGAGCCUUACGCUAACGGUGCCUACGUGUAUGAGAAUGACGUGGAAGGACACUACAACGUCAACCCUUCCUAUCAGAUGAACGGCUACCACGUACAUGACAGAUUUAAGCAUUACGGCUCUGACCGAACAGACGGGCUUUCCCAGAAUCCGUACGCAACGGUGAGACCGCCACGGAACAGGGAGGGGCCUAGAAAUGAACUUUUGGCUAAAAACAUGCAAAAGGCCAUGGUGGCGGAACAUCUUCGAGGUUGGUACCAUCGGAACCGAGGCCACAGGGAAGGAGGGAGGACAGGAUACGACUUUGACUGUGGCUCUCAGCUCAGCUUGGGAUACCAGACCAUGCCGGCGGCCUUCAGCCACUCCAGCAGAACCACGUCUUUCUCAUCAGUGUCCUCCGUUGAGAGUGCAGGAAACUGGCGCAACCAGCUGGCAGUGGGCCUGUCUGAGUACGACACACCCGACACACCUCAAUACUCUCAUGCAGGUCCUGCUGCUUCAUACAACCGCAGUCCCACACACAACAGAUGUUCUCCAGAAAGCAAAGUAUCGGACUCUGACACAAAGUCUAUUAAAUGUGAGUCAGUUGAGGUGGUUGGUGCUGAGGCCAUUAGAAUGGAUGAAACAUCAGACAACCAUUCUAGCACUUAAGGAUUUCACCUUGGCGGCAGCUACAUGAGCAUCCACUGAUAAGGACCAAAACACAUAAAAAAAAAAGCCAUGACCAGCAACACAUUAAAGAGGAUGACGGGUUAAACCAAUACUGACGAACCUCUGAACCCAGUGUGCCUUGGAUUGCGUGGAAAGUCGAGGCAAAAUAAAAAAAAAAAAAAACAGAAUAUGUCUAGAAAUUACAACAUGUUGCACAACCCACACUGACUUGAGAUUUAAAGGCAACAUUUCUUCCGAGUAAAUCUAACUUAAAUAUGAAUUAGCUGCUGUGUUAUGUGGAACGCCACUAAAAAUACAUUUGAGCUUCAUGAAAAUAGUCUUCAAAUGGAUGGAAGAUGAAUGGUCCACUUAAUAUGUUCAUUAGAGCAGGCUGUGUAGUAAACUUUCAUCCUUUUCUUUAAACAUGAAAUUUGAAUGUAUUAUGUCGAUACAGUUAAUGGUGUGUCAUUUUGUAAGUGCCGUGAUGUGCUUCUUCAAAACGCAUGAUAAGACCACUGCCAUAUUCACACAUAUUCACACAUAUUUGUUUUUGCACACAUUUGUACAGUCAGUGUGUAGUUCCCAGUAGUUCUCGGUGAGGUGUCAUGAUUAAAUAUUUUCCACUUCGAAGAAAGAUGUGAAUAAAACUUGUGUGACUCAUGUGAAUGGGUGCUG